AUGGAUAGAACUGUGAUCAGGUAUAGCCAUUGUCUAAGGGAAAUAUAUUGUUUUUCUGAAGAUAACAACGUGUCGGGGUCAUUUUAUGGAGAGGCAUAUGGUAACAAAGAUACCAAGAGAAAAACGUGUCCCAUUUGUUCCGGGCCCUUAAAGUUCAGUUUACUUGACGCACCUCGUAUUGUCCCUUGUCCAUUUUCUAAUGGACAUAGAGUUCCGUGUGCAUUUAUUAUAGGUUCGGUACAUGGCCCAUUAUUUCUGGGAGAAUGGAGCGACACAGAACUGCAUGUUGGAAUUUCAAAUUCAGAAGGCCUGGUCUAUAACUAUACACUGUCGGGGAUAAGGACAGAGGAGCAAGGGUGGGAGCAGUGUAUUUGCAUACGGUUGGUGCCACCUUGCAGAGAGGACUUAACAGAAGUAUGGGAUAAAGAGCUUCAGCAGUUUUCGUCGCUUCCAAUGUGGGACCCUGACCGGUUUAAUGAGGAGAGGGAGUUUGGCUCGUGUUGCUACGGCUUUGCCUUGACAUUCAUAAACCAUAUGCGAUCACUGGAACAGAAGGCCUCACUAAGCAGAGAUGAUUUCACAAGGAUGUAUGUUUUACCACAUAUGAAGACCGCUUCAAAGUACCUCAGAGUCUACCAAAACAUUUUACAACACGGGUUUCACAUCGCUGGCACAUAA